AUGCCUGGCUCAGUCGAAAUCGUUUCUGCCCCCGCCGUCGUCCGUGAUCUGGAAGGCGACGAGCGCUUCGUCCUCGAUCAAUUUGAGCAACACACUGCUCACUGCACCCAGUGCACUCACGCCCUCGAUGCCUCUCACGAUACCCUCUGUGAACGCGGACACGCCUACGCCAUCGACCUCAGCAAAUAUUUAUACAGUCAAGGAGGAAAGCACUUCGCGGUAGUGGACCGCGAGAAUGGCAAGCUGCGAAGAGUCAAGCUGCCCCGCGAAGCCAAGUCCGCCCUCCACCUGCUCGAAGGGAUUGAGGCAGGUCUCCUUCUGCGAGCUUCUCGUCGAGGCCGUACCCGUGCUGUCCGCCCUCCCUCCGGUGACUUGACUGUUCCUGUACCCACUGGAAGUUACGACAGUACCUACGAUGUCCGUCCCCGUCUACCAGUCCGCGAACACGUCGAACGCCGCCCACGCUCCUUUUCCCCCGAUGAAGAACCCGCCUCGCCAACCAUCAUCACCCGCAAGCCUCGCAGCACCAGCGGGAGCUCCAGUGGCAGCACCUCCGGUAAGGUUAAGAACUACCGCAUUGUUCUUCACCAGUCCCCUCGCAGCUCUACCAGCCGUAGUCCAGCGAGUCGAGGCUCGCUGUAUGGCUCUGACCAGCUGGACCGUGCCGAACGCCGCUACGAAUCUACAUACAUCAAACGCCGAUCUGACUACCACCAUUGA